AUCAUGAAUCCUGUUUAUAGCCCUGGAUCUUCUGGGGUUCCGUAUGCAAAUACCAAAGGAAUUGGUUAUCCAGCUGGUUUUCCCAUGGGCUAUGCAGCAGCAGCUCCUGCCUAUUCUCCUAAUAUGUAUCCUGGAGCAAAUCCUACCUUCCAAACAGGUUAUACUCCUGGCACACCUUACAAAGUUUCCUGUUCACCCACCAGUGGAACGGUGCCACCAUACUCCUCCUCCCCCAACCCUUACCAGACCGCUGUGUACCCUGUGCGAAGUGCCUACCCCCAGCAGAGCCCAUAUGCACAGCAAGGCACGUACUAUACACAACCCCUGUAUGCAGCACCUCCUCAUGUCAUCCAUCACACUACAGUGGUGCAGCCCAAUGGCAUGCCAGCAACUGUGUACCCUGCACCCAUCCCCCCUCCCAGAGGCAAUGGAGUGACCAUGGGCAUGGUGGCUGGGACCACUAUGGCCAUGUCAGCAGGUACCCUGCUGACUGCUCACUCCCCAACUCCUGUCACCCCCCACCCGGUCACUGUGCCAACGUACCGGGCCCCAGGAACACCCACGUACAGCUAUGUGCCCCCUCAGUGGUGAUUACCCUGCAGAUGUUUGAGGAUGGAGCUGUGCAGUCACAUCAUUGAGGUUUCACAGCUGGUGCUGCAGGCCUUGUGCCUCCAACCAGGACUCUCUUCUUGAUGCUCUCGACACUUAGCUAAACACUACAACAUUCUGGCCUAGCGGGUCCCAGCACUGGUAGUCUUCAACUAACUCCGUGGGUUGGUUUUAAAGCAAAUCCUGUUUUGUGGACUGCGUGGCAAGUUUUUUUAGCUAACUAUAAUGAUAAAAAGGGGAGUAUUAUUCUAUUCUGAACCAUAUCUAGUUGAAUGCAUGUUUUAAAAAAAAAACAAAAGCUUGCUCAAUCUACCUGCAGUGACUGAUGCAAAACCAUCAUAUGCAAAAUCCAAAGGAAUGGAAAAGUAUUUUACAACUUGUAUCACUAAUGCACUGUUGUAAUGUAUGCAAAGUCUUAAAGUUAUAAGUGUAAAAGUGAAUUUUCCAUAGAGCAUCUAAAAUACCCUAGAUGAUUCUUCAACCCUGUGGGGUUGAUGUGGGUUGCCACUUAGGAACAUGGACUUUAAUUUUCUUUUUCUUUCACAUUGACUGUACUAGGGGGAAUAAGUAACAGGAUCGGGAAAGUUGGGAAGGCUGCAGCUGCCUGGGUUGCACAUCAGGUUUAUUGGCUCCCUUUCCAUAUAGGCUUGUUGAGGUCAAUGUGAUCUGGACAUUCUUGAAGAUCAUCACCAAAUAGAGUUGUGUGGCCAGUACAUUUAGGGGCAGGG